AGUACGGUGAGUCCGUUCCUCCUGUAGGAGUGUAUGAGAGGUGCUGCCAGAGAGCCGCGGAGCUUUAAUAACCAGCCUGAUAUCAGACUGAGCUGCUGUUAGAACCAGAGGAGGAGAUGCCUCUACCUGUACAGGUGUUCAACUUCCAGGGCUCUGUGGAGCCCAUGCAGAUCGAUGCGGACCCCCAGGAGGACCAGCAGAACGCUCCUGACACCAACUACAUCGUGGAGAACCCGACCCUGGACCUGGAGCAGUAUGCCACCAGCUACAGUGGGCUGAUGCGCAUCGAGAGGCUCCAGUUCAUAGCGGAGCAUUGUCCCCAGCUCAGAGUGGAGGCCCUGAAGAUGGCCCUCACCUUCGUCCAGAGGACCUUCAACGUCGACACUUAUGAGGAGAUCCACCGCAAACUGACAGAGGCCACAAGAGAAGUUCAGGGAGUGCCGGACACCGUCCCUGAAGGAGGCGUUGUUCCUCCUCCUCUGGACUCUGCCUGGGCCGAGUCCACCAGGAAAAAGGCUCUGCUCAAACUGGAGAAACUGGACACUGACCUGAAGAACUACAAGGGGAACUCCAUCAAAGAGAGCAUCAGGAGAGGCCAUGAUGACCUGGGGGACCACUACCUGGACUGUGGAGACCUCAGUAACGCCCUGAAGUGCUACUCCCGGGCCAGAGACUACUGCACCAGUGCUAAGCAUGUUAUUAACAUGUGUCUGAAUGUCAUCAAGGUCAGUGUUUACCUCCAGAACUGGUCCCAUGUGCUGAGCUACGUCAACAAAGCAGAAUCCACGCCAGAGAUAGCAGAGCAAAGAGGAGAACGAGACAGCCAAAACCAAGCAGUCCUCACCAAAUUAAAGUGUGCUGCAGGUCUGGCGGAGUUGGCCUCUCGUAAAUAUAAACCAGCUGCCAAGUGCUUCCUGCAGGCUUCUUUUGACCACUGUGACUGUCCAGAGCUCCUGUCCCCCAGUAACGUGGCUGUCUAUGGAGGUCUGUGUGCUCUGGCCACCUUUGACAGACAGGAGCUGCAGCGUAACGUCAUCUCCAGCAGCUCCUUUAAGUUAUUUCUGGAGUUGGAACCUCAGAUCCGUGACAUCAUCUUCAAGUUCUACGAGUCCAAGUAUGCGUCUUGUCUGAAGCUGCUGGAUGAAAUGAAGGAUAACCUGCUGUUGGACAUGUACCUGGCCCCUCACGUCAAGACUCUGUACAGCCAGAUCAGGAACAGAGCCCUCAUCCAGUAUUUCAGCCCCUAUGUGUCAGCUGACAUGACUAAGAUGGCUCAGGCCUUUAACACCACCGUAGCAGCUCUGGAGGACGAGCUCACUCAGCUGAUCCUGGAGGGGCUCAUCAACGCUCGCAUAGACUCCCACAGCAAGAUUCUGUAUGCGAGGGAUGUGGACCAGAGGAGCACCACCUUUGAGAAGUCCCUCCAUAUGGGCAAAGAGUUCCAGAGAAGAGCCAAAGCCAUGAUCCUCAGAGCUGCUGUGCUGCGCAACCAGAUCCACGUCAAGUCUCCACCCAGAGAAGGCAGCCAGGGAGAACUGACUCCAGCCAACAGCCAGACCAGGAUGAGCACCAACAUGUGAGGAGGAGGUCCACUUCACAGACUGGAGGGGAAGGGUCACCCAGCCAGGACAGCCCCCCCCCCCCCCACCGCCUCGUUCCUUUGCUCAAGACAGAAACGCUGCACAAUAUAAAGACUUUGUGUUCUCCAAUGAUCUCUUUUAUUCCCAUCAGGUAACGUAGGAAACGUUCUCUGUCAGUCUGGUGAUCUGGAGAUUUGGACAAGAAGAUAAUGUGUUCUGAUGAAAGCUGUAUGUUACACAUGAUGGAGGCGUCAUGAACAGAAAUAAGCUUUUAAAAUAAAACAUAAACCUACCAAAA